AUGAGUGGUGACACCUGGGACUUCAUUUCCACUCAAAUAAAGAAGAAUAUACAAAAUGAGAGGAGCAUUUUGUCGCAGUUUCCCUUGGAGGCAGCCAGUAUUACGGCUCGCGAAAUAGUGCUUAGUUUGUCAGCCGACUGUUCAUGUAAGAAGGCGGUGGCGGUGGCGGCGGCGAACGCGACGGCGGAACCGAUCCCAGCAUCUGCUCCUGCAUCAACUAAACGUCCUCUCGGUCGCCAUGGCAACCCUAGUUCUGCCGUCGGUGAGACUAAGGCAGAGUUGCCUGCGGCCACAGACGCGCGGCUCAAGCGUUUCACUGUCAAUUUGAACGCGGACACCGAUCUCCAGUGGGUGAUGCAGAUCAUCAAUUAUGGGCUGAUGAUGCCGCCGGAGCACUGGGAUAUCGUGGAGCACUGCGUGCACCUCUACUGCGAGUGGCUGGGGUGUCUGUUGCCGGCGGCCGACCAGAAGCCCAACCUGCCGCACGCCCUCCUCACCUACCCCGUCGUCUACGCCAAGCGCAUCCUCUUCAGCCUCUGCCGCUUCUUCGCCCACCGUGGCAGCCAGGACUUCCCCUCCACCGGCGGUGACGGCACCGAGGUCUUCCAGCUCAUGCACGAGCCCCCACGCGAACCGCCUGACUCGGGGUGUGCGGAGUCGGUUGAGGAAAUAUUCAAGAGCAAAGCACUGUGGUCGGUGACUGUAAGGCACGCGCAGGCAUUUUAUUGGCUCCCAAAGCACAUCAAAUCUGACCACAAGGGAGUUUGUGCAAAGUCGGGGCAACCACCUGAUGAUACCACCGUUUCUCCGUCUGCUGAGCGCAAAAGUGUCUUGUGGUUAGCAAACCGGAGUGCUCAUAAUCGAAUGUCUGGCCAAUGA